AGUCAGGGGGGUGACAUUGAGUCAUCAGUGCCGCGGCGAAUGGCCUGAACCCGACCCAGUGAGUUCAUGAACAGCUCCUCCUCCGCAACACCGCGAUCAGCGGCGCCCUGAGCACUCCCGACUUCGUCGAGCUGACUGGCCCGAGUGAUUGAGUGAGGGCGACUCAUCACGCCGAAGCCGCCGCGCACUCCGACGGAGAACACUAAGUAGGGAAUUCGUGAAUUCCACGCCUGUGGCGAGACAGUCAGUUGUCACCAUGGUCGUCCCCCAUCGUCUCGUAACCGCUCUAGUCAGCCUCCUGGUCGUCACUUCUCUCGCCAGCUCAUCUGAUCUUCCCCCCGAGGUAAUCGGCGGCAGCGGGGAUGAUUAUACAGACGGCGACAACAUAGAUUAUUCUGAAAAUCAUCAUUACAACGAUGAAUAUCAAGAAGGAAGUGGAGAUUUUGAUGCCAUGCCACCAGUUCCACCUCCCCCACCACCUCUUGAUCAUAGCGCCAGCAAAGCUACCACAGAAACCUAUGAUGAUAUUGACAACGAUGAAAUUACGGAGGAUUUCCUAAUGGUUAACGGCUCUUCACUAAACUCAAAGGGAAGAACUCUAGCACCCAGAGCAGAUGGUGGAUUGCAUGGCAACGACUUCGAAAUAACCGAGCCGGACAGCAUUUGCUACUGCCCGAGCAACAAUCUCACCAUAGCCCGUGGACCACCGGGAUUGGACGGACGGGACGGAGCAACGGGAUUGCCGGGACCACCGGGACCGAGAGGCCUGCAAGGGGUACCAGGACCGGAAGGACCUGUCGGACCUCAGGGGCCAGCGGGACCACCGGGACCCGCUGGUACUGCCGGCGUCGAUGGGAUUCCUGGUAGCCCAGGCCCACGUGGACUACCGGGACCGCCAGGACAACCAGGACCAUCUGCUCCGCCCAUCUUUGACAUUGACAACGGCUACUCAUCAGGCCUGUUCAGCGGAACGAGCCCGUACGCCGGACGGCCCGGUCCGAGUGGACCCCAGGGUCUUCCAGGUCCAAGGGGACACACGGGACCUAAGGGAGAGCCAGGACCCCCCGGACCCCGAGGAUACGAGGGAGAGCAAGGUUCCUCUGGCAGUCCUGGACCACGAGGUGAACGAGGUUAUCCUGGAGCCACGGGACUACCUGGACAAAAAGGAGCGACUGGCAAUGAAGGGCCCAAAGGUCAAAAGGGAGAUGCCGGAGUAGGACUUCCAGGACCCCCUGGCCCACCGGGGAACGUGUACGCCGUUCCGCACGACAGCGACCUGGAAUUCGGCAGCGGGUCGCUAUCCUUCAUGCCUGGGCCUAAGGGCGAAAAAGGCGACAUGGGCUUCGAGGGACCCGUCGGGCCUCCUGGUAAAGAUGGUGCCAAGGGCGAACCAGGGAGGGAUGGUACUGACGGUCUGAAUGGAGCCAAAGGUGAGCGAGGGGACCCUGGAGUCAUCCACUACCAAGAGAUCGAUGGCGAGACCAUAGUACAUCAGAAAGGCGACAAAGGUGACAAAGGCCGCAGGGGCAAGAGAGGCCCCCCGGGACCACCGGGACCUCCCGGAUUUGUCGGCGAGUUUGGACAAACGAUGAGCCACGGCCUGCCGGGUCCUAAGGGUGAGCCGGGAGAGUCCAUCAAGGGCAGUAAGGGAGACGCUGGUCCUCCAGGGCCGCCUGGAUCCACUAGCUACAUCGGGAGCGACGGCCUUACCUACGUAACAAGAGGCCAAAACGGAGAGCCCGGUCUAAGAGGGCCCAUUGGACCUCCCGGAGAGAGGGGGCCCAUGGGAUUCCCAGGGCACAAGGGUGACAAGGGAGAGAGCGGUCCACCUGGACCCCCGGGCCCGAUCAGCUUUAGCGCUGGCUCCUCCUACGCUAACGUCCGUGGACCAAAGGGGGAGCAAGGACUGCCUGGACCACCCGGACCUCCCGGAAUCAGCCAGUGGGUGGACACGUCCAAUAGCAUCAGCACCAGGGGAGGGCAGAUCCUCUCUGGACCUCCCGGUCCUCCCGGACCACCGGGACCCCCAGGACCUCCCGGCACCGGAGGAACUCUCCCGCCCAAAAACACGGCUCCUCCGCCUUCCAUCGUCCCGGGGGCCGUGACUUUCAAGAACAUGGACUCCCUCUUGCGGAUGUCCGACAUCAGUCCGCUGGGGACGCAGGCGUUCGUGCUCGACGAGGAGGCGCUGCUUGUACGAGUCAGCAGCGGCUGGCAAUACGUGGCUCUUGGAUCUCUGGUACAGCUGCCCAAGAAGACCACCACGACAACAACGACAACAUCGCCAAUGUUGUCUCCUGAUAGUCUGCGACUUGAUGGAUCUGCACCAAAGCUUCGUGUGGCAGCUCUGAACCAGCCGUGGACGGGCGACAUGCACGGAGUCCGCGGGGCCGACUACGAAUGCUACCGGCAGUCGAGGCAUGCCCACCUUCGGGGCACCUUCAGGGCUCUACUGGCCUCCAGGGUGCAGAACCUGGACAGCAUCGUCAGGGCCAAGGACGCAGACCUACCCCUCGUCAACCUCAAGGGAGAAGUCGUCUUCAACUCUUGGAGAGAACUAUUCUCCGGCGGAGGAGGCAUGUUCCCAUACCCUCCAAGGAUCUAUUCCUUCGAUGGAAGAAACGUGCUCACGGACAGCACUUGGCAUCGCAAGUACGUCUGGCACGGCGCCGACGCGCUGGGGACCCGGGACAUGGAAAACUAUUGCGACGCCUGGCAUUCGGGCGCGCCGGCUCGCUACGGCCUGGCUAGCUCCCUCCUGGGCCAAGCACGGAUGCUGGGCCAGGAGAGGCACUCGUGCGCCAGCAGCCUCAUCGUGCUCUGCGUCGAGGUGACGAGCCAGCAGGAAUACGAGCUUGACCAGGAAUCCAUCCAGAGCAUAAAGCAGAGAAGGAAGAGAGACGUCCACGAUGUCGAUGAUGCUUCGGAUGACGCCACCGAAACACAACGGAAAAAGCACAGGACGGAGCGAGUCGGCGAUGUUAAAGAACAGGAAACUGCUUCAAAGGCGAGAGCUAAAGAGGCAGAAACAUCAUGGGAGCAAUGGUGGAAGUCUAUGUGGCCGUCGGAAGCGGAAGAUUAGACGGUCAAGAACACUUUCGAGGUGGUCGGACGACGGAUAAAACGCCGUUGCAACGACCCUUUUGGUGACCAUGGCGUAUAAUUGACAGUCAUACCGUCAGAGCUGGGAAUUAUACUUGUUUAAUUAGAGCUGAACAAAAAGUCAAGGAGCGAAGGACACGGGGCAAGGGAUAUUGAUUAACCGCAAGAUGUAAGAAGGGCCCCACCGGUUUAAAUAGUGAUAUUUGCCUUUAAGGUAUUCAACACAGUCACAGAUUUAAAAAAAAAAAAAAAAACAUGUUGUUGCUCCAACGCUUUUUACAAACUGAGGGUCGCUGAUACGCUACUGUGACAUUUGAUGUUACGUCGGACAGAAUAGAUAAUGAGAGAGGGCCAACGAAAACUGAAAAACGAAACUAUUUGUAGCUGUUUUGACAUAUUUCUGGGAAAACAAAAGCUCCGAACGUGCCAUUAAAAUUAUAAAAUAUUUUCAGAUCCAUCCAUGUGGAAAAAAAACUGAAGGUGCAUAUCUGAUCCACAGAUUAUAAGUUCUUGUCCUCUUCUCUUUUUAUGAAGGCAUGUGCUUAUUUUCGUAAAGCAUAUAAUCUUCAAGACGACGUUGAAGAAUCGGUUCGACAAUAAAAAAUCAUUGUGGUGUUGCUUGGUUGAGAACAGAAUCACGGGUGGCACAUCUGUCACAUUAUAAGAAUGCUCAGUGUUUUUGGUUCAGUCAGUGAAGCACUGUAGAGUACUCAGCAUGCAUGUUUUAUGUUUAAAAGGCUCACAGAGCAAACAGUCAUUAAGUCAAAGGAGCUGAAUGGCCAGAAUGCGAUGCCAGUCUCAUAGAGUGAAGUGCGUAGUUUCUUGAAGUUCCGUAUAAUUCUUUACCGAUUGGACAGUUUUACUUGGAAACAUGGGAGAUGAAAACCAUGCCCCCAAGUUCACACAUCCCGAUAUGAAGGGCACUUUUAUCCUAACCCUGCCUUUGGUUUACCGCUAAUACGCCAUGAAAUUCCAUUUUGUUCAACAACCUUUUAGCCAGAAAACUUCACCAAUUGUUUCAUGAUACUCUUUCUGAACUCAAAGGUGCUAGCUUCUUCUAGCCCGGGCAGGUCACCUCUCUGAGCUAUGUGGAUAAACAAAACUACAUUUUCUCUUGUGGAUUGGGAAUGAAGAAAAAAAAAAACCUUUUUACCGCCUGACGAAGAGAUGUGAACAGUGUUUUGUACGAUUGCUCCGAGGAUGUUCCUAAGGGGUGCAUGUUUACUAGAGUGGGAUUUUGUACAAGAGAGAUGAGUGUGCGUCUGGUGUCGUCACUUCUGUCCGUGUGAUAUGGUUGAUGUUGUAGAAACUCUUGUGGUUUAUUUAUUGUGGGCAAUCUUCUGUGCUAUUCACUUCCAUAUCUGUGUGGUGGCAUGCAUUUGUGCCAAAUGUGUUUAUUUUCUUCUUUUUUUUUAGGUGUUCAAAACGCACACUGUUGAGAAAUAUUUGUACUAUGAGGAAAAAAAAUAUAUAUUAAAAUCACCCAGUUUCAAGAUAAGAGCUCAGUAUGCCAUCACAUAGAAAUCAACAAGAUAACUUUUUCACUGGUCGAUACUACUAAAUCUAAAUUCUAGGUUUUUAGAAAAGUAUCAAGCCGGAAUAGUUAUCAGUUGAUAAUUUGCAACUGCCCUCUGGUGUAAUUUGUAGCAUAAAAGGGCUGCUCUUUGGCACAGAACUUAAAGGGAAACUAAAGCGGUUCGUGAUAUUCAAAUUCACAGAACAAAAAUACGCUUAAAUCACCUCAAGCUGGUUUUAUUAUUUUUUUUUUUUUCAAAGACCUCUUCAGCUUCCCUGUAAUUCCAAGAUGUGCUCUUUCAAACAAAGUCCCACGCCGUAUUUUUACUGUCCUUUUGGUGCUUUCAUCACAAGAAUCUAAGCUCAUGCUGUCAUCAAAUAGUAGAAUGAAAACAACCUCAAAACCUAUUCACUGCAUGUGUUCCAUUUGAAUUCUCGUGUAGUCGUCUGCAUUUCCCAGGGCAAUAGUGUAUAGAAUUUCUCAAUGAGUGAGGUACCAAGUUUUGUAACUCAUGUUGUGCAAUAAUAAACUUUCCAUUGUGAACACAAAGACUA